UUGGGCGUCUUCAUGCCUAUAAAGGCUGGUGUCUUCGCGGUAGAAAGUUACUCUCCCCCGUCCCUUCACAUCGUUCGCUCCGAGGCUCACUGUGCAGUUCAGAAUGAAGGUGUUCUUGUUGGUGGUGCUCGCUGCCGUCUAUGUGCAGGCGGAGCCGACCCCGUUCGCGCUCGAGGUUCGGGCCUACACGGAGCUGGUCGCUACAUCCAUGCGGGGCUUCCGCGUCAUGGCUGCCGGCGAGUUUACGGACAAGAUCAAGGAUGAACUGCGUCCCGAGAUCCGUCAGAAGCUGAGGAACUCUGCCGACCGCAUCGACGCCAAGAUGGCCGUUCUGUCCGACAAGUGGAAGGCGACUUACCAGGCGAACAGGGAGAACGACAGGGGACUGGCACGUGCUCUGGUUGGAUACAGUGCCAAGAUGGCCCGCGCUCACGGAGAGGCCCAGAACUACUACCAGAACCAGAUCAAGCCGCUGCUGACUGCCCAUGAGCGCCGCGUCAUGAGGAGCUAUUGGGACACCCUGUCCGCCCAGGCCGCCACCAUGCAGGCUUCUUUCGCCACCUUCUUUGACGGCCACCUGAAGCCGACCAUGCUGCAGUUGCAGGCGGAGGCACAGGCCCUGUCCGAUGCCGAAACCGGCCUGUCUCCAUUUGCCGACUCCGUGAAGCAGUAUUCCAUCCUGAUGGGUGAGAAGCUGCGUGAGGUCACCUUCCAGCUGCGCGCCGAGUAUGACGACAAGAUCAAGGACCAAUUGAGCCGCGACGUUCGUGCGAAGGUCAAGACCAUGAAUGAUAAGAUCAAGGAGAGCAGCAUGUCUGCCUUCAAGAGGUGGACUGAAUUCUUCAAGCUUCACAAGGACAACGAUGAGGACCUCGUGAGGGGGCUGAGCGCUGUGGACAACCAGCUGGUUGAUGGGUGGCGUAAGGCUCGCCGCUUCUUCGUGGAGCGUAUCGUCCCGCUCGCCAACCCCCAGGAGAGGGAAGUCCUGAGGGCGUUUGCCGGACAGGGCGAGACUCUGUUCACCACCAUGAAGGCGGAGAUGGACAGCACCUUCAGCACCAUGGUGGCACCUUUCAUGCCAGCCCGGCCUGACCAGACUGCCUAAACACGACAUCUCGGCUGGCUGACGUCCCCAGGGGUGGAUAGCAGAAUUUGGCCUCUGCUGACUAAGAAAUUGAAUGAACGAUCAUAAAGUCUCAUUGACAAGAAUAAAGAGUGAUCACUGCCA